AUGCCUGAACCAAAGUAUGUUAUUGCUAUGGGAGCCUGUACAAUUACAGGGGGGAUGUUCAGUACCGAUUCUUAUAGUACUGUUCGAGGAGUUGAUAAGCUAAUUCCUGUAGAUGUCUAUUUGCCGGGCUGUCCACCUAAACCAGAGGCUGUUAUAGACGCUAUAACAAAGCUUCGGUUUCACUCGACUAGAGUCAUCGGAAGAGGAGCGUUUGGGAAGAACGUGUACAGAGCCAUCAGCCAUGUUUGUGCCAUCGAUCAUUGCUUGCUUGCGGCACAAGAAUCUUGCAGGGUUGGUGUAAGGAGAAGGGAGAAUUGCUUCUCGUCUAUGAGUUCGUGCUUAAUGGAGAUUCUGUAUCAAGAAUCAGAAGCAGGAGCUGUCUCUCUAGACUGGUCACACUCACACAGGGUCAACGUUGCGAUUGGUUUAGCUUCGGCUUUGUCGUAUCUCCACCACGAAUGUGAGCAGCAAGUGGUUCACAGAGACAUAAAGACAAGCAACAUAAUGCUCGACAUAAACUCCAACGCAAGGCUAUGA